CAACAGUUACUUUUCUUUUUUAACGAGUGAACAUCAAACCUUCUCCGCUUCAAGAUGAAAGAUCAAUUGAUAUCAUUAGACGAAAAUAUGAAAGUUACGAUUGUGAACCGGAAAAAAUCUUAUGAGAUUUCUAAACAAAAGUUAUCAUCGAUUCCUUACUUUGUGAAACUAUUUUCCAAUUCUAAUUGUGACACAACCAAAAUAGAACUUGAUCUUGAUGAAAGUUCAUUCGAUAAUAUUAUCGAGUUUAUUCUUGAUGGUCAUUUAUCCAUUUCCAUUGAAAGUGCCUUUUUAAUGAUGGAAACUGCUGAUUACCUCGGAAUGGGCGAAAUCAAACAGAAAUCAUUUGAUUUCUAUCAAUCGAAUUUCAACAUCAAACUAUUGGAAAAGUUUUUAGAUUUUUAUGAGAAUCAUAAAUGUAUUGAAAAGAUUAAUGAAGAGAAGCUUAAUUCCUUUAUUAGAAAGUAUUUCUUUCCAAUCUCUCAUACAAAAGCAUUUCUAGAAUUUCCAGUUACUCUACUGGAACGCUUAUUAAAAAUGGAUCUGGUUGUUUCUUCUGAGUUUCAAUUGUUCGAAGCUAUUGAUCGAUGGGUUGAAUUUGAUAAAAAGCUUCGAAAACAAUAUUUUCCCCGACUCACCCAAUUCAUCAAUUUUCGUAAGAUGAAAAAGGCUGAGAUCUACGGUGUCGGGUGGUUGCUACGAAGGCAGGGAUUGACUUCUGAUAUUCCACUGUAUAGUGAAAAGUAUCCUCCACGUGCUUGUCUACCAGAAUUCUGCCAAUUUGAUUGUAUAAUUAAUCGACAUUAUAAUAAGUCAUUGAUCUCAAUCUAUGAACUUGAUGAAGAUAAAAUUAAUAUCAGACGUUUAUCAAGCUCAAAUCUCUGGACUAAAUAUGGUCAAUUCACUCGAGAUGAGACAAUGUCCACUUCUCUGAUUGAGGCUGAUCAUAUCGUCGAUAUAAUUUAUGAUUCUGGAAGAAAAGGUAUUCGAGUUGAUUUGAUUGGAAAGAAAUUCAAAUAUCUUGAAAUGUUUGGUGGUGACAAUUCGUAUUAUGGUCAGGCUUACAACUAUUUCGCUCAUGACAUUCAGGUUGAUAAUACUUAUGUUAAGAUCCAAAAGUCUCAAAAGUCUGAUAAGGAAUCGAGUUGCAAAAAAUUAAACAUGCCGUUUAGAAGCCAUUUCGCUGGGUGAUCACUGGGAGGGAAUUUGCUAUGGAAAUGAAGAUCCCGAUGAUUCUGUUGGGUUUAAUGGAGGUCAUAUGUCUGAUGAAUCUGAUGACUUGAUGACUCUGAUGAUAAUGGCGGAUUGAAUAAAUUUCAUGACCAGUAUUAUUAUUGCUCGUCUCUUGAUUAUCGAAAAAUGGUUUCAUGUGUAUCGAAAGGACUGACCCGAACUCGUUCAUGUUUGUUACCCAAUCCAUAUCGUUAUAAUGGUUCUUUUAAACACUUGUACUUUUUGACAAAAAGCGAUUUCAGUUUUUAUUAUGUACGAGGAAUGUAUCAUUCGCAUAAACGUGACUUCUCGUUCCUGAAAGAUUUCAUCGGAAGCGAUUCUCUUGAUCAUAUUGAGCUGAUUUCUCAUGAAAAUUCACUUCUUAUUUGUAACAAGGAAACGAAAAUGAUCUAUGCUUAUAUUGAUAGUGAUGGAGCUGAUUAUUGGCAAUUUAUGUCUGAAAUUGAAUCUCCUGAAAAGAUGAUUACAAUUGCAUCGAUUUGUCUGCCGUUUGAUUGUGAACAAUAACUAACUGUCACCCAAUUUAAUACAUUGAUGUUUAAUCACUUGAAACAAGUUAUUUUGCUUUUCUGAAUUAAACCGAUAAUCUCGCCUUAAGUUUUCAA